AUGACGCUCCGAAACGAAAUUGUACGGAACGAAAAAAUAAGAACAAACCUAUUUGCGUUGCUAGUUAUAUUGGUUUUAGUACGAGGCUUGUAUAUCCAAGUGCAGGAAACGCCGAAUCCGUUGACACUAAAAUUUCUACCUGGUAAAGCUAUACUCGACAAGCCUCGAACGUAUGAGUUUACCACUGUUGUCUCUGCCAAGGAUAGCCCGCUGGCAAUGGAGCUGUUUCGAGUUGAUGGAGUGAAAUCUGUAUUUUUUGGUGAAGAUUUUGUCACAAUAACUAAAAAAGACGAGGAGAUAGAUUGGGGAACUAUACGACCAGAAGUCUUCUCAACCAUAGCGAAUUACAUC